AUGUGCAGCUUGAAGUCGACAGUUUCCUCGUUAACAACCGGAUGCCUUAUAAUCAUUCAUGUCACUGAAGCAAUUGAAGGAAAGAUUAAAAAGCAGCAGCAAGAUGUGAUCGGCUUCUUGGAAGUCAACAAGAUUGAGUUUGAAGAGAAAGACAUUGCGGCCAACGAAGAGAAUCGCAAAUGGAUGAGAGAGAAUGUCCCAGAAGAGAGCCGGCCAGCCACUGGGAAUCCAUUACCUCCUCGAAUCUUUAAUGACAGCCAGUACCUUGGGGAUUAUGAAGCUUUCUUUGAAGCUAGAGAGAAUAAUGCGGUCUAUGCUUUUUUAGGCUUGACUGCCCCACCUGGUUCAAAGGAGGCAGAAGCGCUAGCAAAGCAAGAGGCGUGAAUUCUUCCUCCCUCCUGGCCUCAAGCCUUAAAGUUUCUGCAAAGAGAAAGUUCCGCAGCUUUUUUUCCUGCAAUAGCAAAAUCCGGUGUGCUUGGAGGACAAAACAAAGGUUUUGUCCCCCUCUACAAUGUUCUGCCAUAUACGAUUAAUAAGAUAGAACGUCAAAUAAUAUGAACAAGAAGAAGAAGAAUUGCAAAUGUGCCUCAAGGCCAAAAAGAAAGAAGGAAAUUAAAUGAAGCCUGUAAAAACUCUUGAUUUUUGCCUCUCCCAAUGGAUGUAAUUUGUUCUCUGGCAGUUGCAUAAAAGCCCCCCCCCCCUUUUCUUUGGGUAAACUUAACAAAAGCAUUGUAUUUUUGCUAUCCGUAACACAGAUCUAUAAUUACACUUGCAGAUCCAACGGCUUAAACAAAAGAGAAAACUUAGCUGCAGAAAUGUUUAUUAAUAAACUCCAGUGCCUCUGCUGCCUCAAAACCCAAAAUGAAAAAUAAGAUGUCCUAAGGUUGACUUUUGUUUUAAUGGUUAUUUCUAAAAGUUGCAAUGUAGCGUAGUAAUAGUUGUAAUUACUUGCCGUGGUUAGGAUAUUUCUAGAGUUCUCCUUUGUUAUUUUGUAGUGUAGAUUGAUGCUAUUGGAAUCUCAUGAAUGGAAUAAGGGCAGGAUUUGCCAGGGUUGAUCAGAACACAAUAUAAAUGUCAUAGGGAGGUCUGUGUUUAUGAAUAAAGGCAAGGUUUUUGUGCAGUCUUAGUGAAAUAUCCAUUUCUAACCCUCUGGAAUUAUGAAGGAGGCAAGACAACAACAAAAUAAUUCUUAUUUUUCUAAAAUGUGAAGCAAAUGUAAUAUGGGGCCAAAAUUCUAUUGUUAUUUUUUUUUUAAAAUUAGAAAUAAGGUCAAGUAAUUAUGAGUUAGAAUAAAACUUAGUUUGAUAUAUUGUUUGUAAAAUGUUUCUGUGUAAGAUGAGAUAUAUUGAGAUCAAGGGUCCAGUAUAAAAUAAAAUUGAAUAAAAGUAAUUUGCAGGAGUAAAGCUUGUGAAGCCCUAUGAUACAGGAAAUCUAAAUUAGAUUUUUCAGUCUGGUUGCGCAAUGCCGUGAACUUACUUUUAGCAGUUUGUCAAACUCCUAGUAUUUUUGCUAUAUGCAACAAUUAUCAAAGUUACAGGCAAGAACUCUACCCCAAGACACAUUUUAGUUACAAGUAAUAUUGAAAAGUGUGUGUCUCCCUUCUAUGGAUUUGGAAAGAUGUAGAAAUGGAACUGAAUCUCAAGGCCUUAAUCAAAUUAUAUCAAGAUAGAUAUAUCCACUAGAAGAGCAUAAUCUGCAGCUCAGGGUUGAACUGUGGGGUUCUUGAUGCUCUCUGAGCUUGGUGGUUUGCUUGCAGACAUUUCAUUACCCAACUAUCCUAGA